CUUUCGGUCCACUUAGCACGGAGCCACCUUUGGACCCAGGUAGACGCACCCGGAGACACGAUCGCGGCAUUUGUAGGAUUAAAAGCGGCCACUUCGUUCAGCUACGAUAGCAUGCGCAUCAGACACCCAUGCUCCGCUCCUCCGGCUCGAAAAGCAGACAAUACAUGCGGUACAUCCAAAGGAUCGACGGAUACUUCGAACACACACCCCACUACCAACAGCAAACAUAUAUGCAAUAUCUCCUCUGCAGACCACGUCUCGACAGGCGCAAAAGAGUCAGCAGAUGAUACAAACACUGCCUAUCUGAAACCGGACUUUUUGGACCCCAUGACCCUGACACAUUGUGAAGCAGCUUGUCCAAGUCCACUGGCUCUUCUUGCCAAAACCUGCCAAAAUAUUGGACAAAUGCUUGAGAGUGGACCAAGAGUGAGUCAUUCGUCAAUUUUUCAUUCAAAAGAACAAAACACCUUUCCCACAGUCUCGAUAAGCAAUCGGGUCAGCCUUGUCGGUAGGGUUCAAAAACCCAAGCCUUGCAACACGAGAACCGAAACAGAAAUAUUGCAGGGUGUUAAACGGCAAACACCUGGCCGUUCCAAAUGUGCCAGAGUGGACAGAAGUGCAAUGUCACCCACGUCAAAUAGAAACGAAUCACCUGAAUGCCGCAGUGCGUCAUCAAGGCUAGAAAAUCCCAUCAAUGAUCAAAAAACUUUCUCCCACUCGUAUCCAAGUCCAGAGUCUGGUUGUUGUCAGCGUAUGCUACAAUUACAAAGCGAUUGCAGCGCAUAUGCUACAGAUACAGUUAGCAACGCUGAUACCAGACAGACAACAUCCAAUGCUUUGGCUCAGCUGGCCCGUCUUUCAUCGAGUUUAGUCGCUCCUGAAUCAUCAAAGCUGGUACGUAAUCAGUCAGAUCAACUAGAUUUGAAGGAUAGAGGUGCAUUCAACGAUGUGGUACGUCUACAGGCUGGAAUGAAGCGCCAUCAUCGGGGCACCAUCAGGGCCAGCAAAUCCUAUGUCUCUAACUCCAAUAUGCCAGCUCUACUUCUCCAUCCAAAUGAUUCCGUUGCUUUGAAUCAGCGAUCUCCGGAAUUUUCGAGUGCCACCAGUUGUUUCCACAAACCAAUCGCUAACUGUUACGCACCAGCAACGAGCCCAGUAAGUGUCCACUCCAGCAGUAAUGGGUACAGUUCUGAAUUCGGAGGAUUCUGGAGUGAAUUAUAUCAGAUUGUUCAACAGGCAGGAAAAUACGGAGAAAAAGAACCUCCGCAGCAAAACCUCUUUCUAUACACCUUGGCAAGAAAAUUCCUUGAUUUAUUUUAUGCCAAACUUCCGGCUAACUCCCAACAUCCCCACACCGAUUUCUUCUGUCCCCAGCAAGAAAAUGUCGGAUCCGAACCUGCGACGGAAAAAGUCUUUACUUCCUUCGGUGGUCCGUUCGCAUCACCACAUCAAACUUCUGAUGUAUGUCAAUGGUACAAGCCUACAUCACGGUCUGAGCCGUCGCACGCCUCCGUGCAAGCAAGCAGUAGCACGCAAUGCUUGCUAUGUGGGCUUAACUUUGCUACUGCUAUCGAACUGUGUCGCCAUGUGUAUAUUCAUCUGUUGAGCUCUUUCAGAGAACCUAAUGAAACUGUCCCCCUAGCUAGCUUCCAGAAAGACUCACAUGCAGGUUUUCUGGCGCCGUAUGCUUGUGGAUUUUCCUCGGCCACUUCGGUCGCAGAAGGUUCUAACACCGUUUGUGACCUUGACAAACAUUGGACGCCGUUUGUUCAGCUGAUAGACUCCGUCUAUAAAAGUGGGUGGUCUAGAUCAGAUAUACCACCAGCAGCACAAUUGGAAGAAAUUAAUAAUCUACAACAUUUGAUCCACCAAUUUGGUUAUAACCCACACCAGAAUUCGUGUCCUCAAACCGAUGAGGAAAACGGCACUUACCAGUAUUGGCUGAGACAAUUAUUCGCACAAUGCAUUAGCACUUUGCCCACACGACCCCCUAACUCAGUUAUGGGUCCCAGCCUAGAACAGAAUAAUAUGCCAGAAUCUUCAUCUAGUGCUUUCGCAUGGACGCACCCAGCGUCCCCCAAGUUCGGCCCUACAUUUCCCCAUGUGACCUUGCUUCCUAACGUUUAAUGUUCGGAAACCUCUUGUGUGUUUAAUAUCUAUUUUGCGCUGUUGCUGUGACACUCGGUCCGCAUAGCAUGGCACCAGAACUAAUACACCAGAUGCAUUGUUAUUAGCCAAGCGUUGGUGGAGUGAUUCACUUCAGAGACCUCUGUGAUUUUAUCUCAGGAAUUUAUUUUGUGUAAUUGUAUGAAGGUUUUGAGGGCUGCCAAAAUACUCACUGUGUAGAUCUGGUUACCAGUCCAUCAGUCAGCUAUAGUACCAUGCUUUAUAUAACCUUUUUACUGAAUUCUAAAUAGUGAUCGAAAGGAGUUCACUAGCUUUUCUCUCUUUCUGUGUGUGUUUUAAUAAACAGAUACUGCAGGUUGGUUGUUAUAUGAUGGCGUCUAGCUGCCGUGGUCAUAAGUACCUUUGGUGCUUGACAUGAAGCCUUGAUAAGUUGGGCAGUUAAUCGUACAUUAGCUCGUUUGAAGUUUCAUUCCUUGCAAGCCCAGACGGAAGUAAAAAUAGUUUGAGAUUUAUGUUUAAAAUGGACUUUAUCUUAAUUAAAAAUGGAAUGGCCCAGAAAUGCUAAGUUUUUCAACAUGGACAGUGUGUUCAGAGAGUGAACACUCGGCCAGUCAUUGUCAUGUUGUCCCAGUAGUAUACUUGGUAUGGUGUGCGCCAUAUAUAUGAAUUGUUUCGUUUUAUUAGGCUAGUAAUGUCAUCUUGACUGGCAUUUAAAAGGGAAAGCAAUAUGCAGCUAACAUGGAAACUGUUAGCGUGAUAUACAUGGUUAAUAUGGAGCAAUCAUCUCUCUGCUGCAUGAGCUUUUAGUGAAGGAGGUAAUAAGCAAACAAAUUAUGGGUAAGUGCACUGCAAAUGGAAGACGAAUAACAGUAUGAGUGGGUUCCAUUUGAUUAAGCACCCUAAUUGAGACGUUUUUCACCUACACGGUCAACAGAAUGCUACCACUCAUCACGAAUAUGCAAGUUGAAUCAAAUACAGAGCAAACAUAAACAAAGAGCAUUACACGCUUUAGCUGAACACAGUUCACUUGGAGUACUCCAGUUUAGUCAGUUGCCUAAAACCAUAAUAUGAUGUGAAAACCAGGGAUUUGGAUCGACAGCUGAAGACAAAUAGAGUAUGUGACGAUCGGCGUAAACGUUUCCGGAGAUGGAACUAGCGGGUUACCAUAGCAAGAUUAGGCCGGCCAAGAGAUCAAGUUGUUUUCGUAGGUAAGGUUGCAAUCAUGGGGCCUCAGUUCUGCCCUGUACAGCGCAAUGUACCCAGUGAACGCAAUCAUAGGGAAGGCCUCAGGAAAUAGGAACAUGUUUGUAGGGUCUUGUCUAUUGAUGACCUUGAAAGACUAACUAGGGUUUCGCACAAAGUGCAGUCAAGUGAGUGCCGAGCAAACGAACUGGUUGGUACUUUAGGACUACAUGUUGUUAGGCCUCGAGGAAUGUGCUCCCUACUCCUGGUCGGCAGCCUUCCUUCAUUUCGGUCGACGUAUAUGUUGCCGCAGCUACAUUUAUGUCGCAAAAAAGGAGGCAGUAUUUUGAGAGAGAGAGAUCCACCUAAAUCGAGCUCAUGCAGUAAAAUCCUGGUGUGGUGUUGGAAAACAACGUCACUUAAUGAAUCAUAUAUGUGGAUGGCCGAAACUUUUAUCAUUUUGUUCCCCAUUGCAAGUUAGUCUAAUGAGUACCUUUUACUGCGCAAGUUUGGAUCGUUUUCUUACCGGCUAUUCGCUUUUCACGAUCUGAUGAUACGUUUGCUGAGGUAGUAAUCACUUAGGUUUUAUACAUUACGCUGUAACUAGCAGGUGACUGACACUUCCGAGCAGCUUUAAUGCGUUCUCAUGAACCAGUUUCGAACUAAGAAUCGCAUAAAGUUCGCUGGACAAUAGCUGUUGCAAGUUAGUCAUUACUGCUUCCAAUUCAGUUCUAGUACUUCGCUGGUACGAGCUAGCCAUCUAGUUAUCCCUUUAAGCGGCAUCAAAAAACUAAUUGUACCAUUUCACAUGCGUUCCAUCACGAACUUUAUCCCAAAGUGACAUUGGUUUUGCGCUUUCAACAUCCUUUAUGCUCUCUGAGCAUUAUCAUUGACCAAGUUUUCAUCUAUAUUACGGGUGUACAAAUGCUUCGGCCUAUGGUAUGCCGUAAGCACCUAUUAUCUGUUUGGUUCGUGAAGACCUCAGUUAGCACUGGUUCAGGCUGCUAGAAGUUACCCGAUGCAGUAUCGAGAUUUCAAUAUUUACCGUUCAUCCAACUAUAUGAUUCAUGACUAGAUUGCAGCGUAUCGCUUUGAAGUAAGAUAGAAACUGGUGCCUCGGUUAAGUUUCUAACAGCCAUGCGGAGACGAAUGUCCGCUAAGAAAAGUGAUCCAAUAUUUCCAAGUAAAAGUAGUUGCUUGCACUGUCAUUCAAUGGGGAACAAUAAUAAGUUGAAUUUCUCGUGGUACCGGGAAACCGAGCCUACAAGCGGUCGGAUAAUAUUUAUGUUUCAACGUGCUCAGACAGACGGCGCUUACAAUGGUUUGUGUACUACAGCGUCAUUCAUUAUACACAUUAGCAGCAGGUGGAAAGCACCUCAGUUAUUGUGCCGCAAUAC